AUGUUCUCCCUUAUCCACAACCCACGCACCUUCCUCCGCUUCAUCUUCGGCAUCGUUUUUCUCAUGUGUUUUCUCACCAACAUGGUUUCCGGCGGGCCACUAGCCGCUCAACACCUCCGCGACGCCUUUCGCGGUCACCGCCCAUGGAAAACAGAUACUAAUGAAAGACGAGACGACGACAUCACCCAAUCCCAAUCCCAAUCCUCACCACAACAGGGCAACGUAAUCCGCGUCGCCGCCUCUCCCAUCCAAAUCGACCCUCACGGCGUCUACAUCCGCGCUUCCCCUCUCUACUCCUCCUCCUCCUCCUCCGACGGGCGGCAUCCCGACACAUCCCGCAUCAUCGCCGGCUUCGCCAGCACCUCGGGGUCUGACCGCGUCCUCCGCGUCUCUUCAUCCUCCAACUCGGGCGCCUCCUGGUCUCCUUUAGGUGAAAUCACCCGUUUCCCUUCAGACGGGACCCACGACCUCGACAACGCCAUGCCUUUAGCCCUUCCCUCCGGCCGCAUCCUAUUCGCCUUUCGGCACCACUCUUUAUCCCCUUCUUCUUCAACAGGCUUCCACUACACUUUCUACCGCCUCGAAAUCUGUUCCUCCUCUGACGGGGGCCGCACCUGGUCUUUUCUGUCUCAUAUCGACCAACGGCCUGCCUCUUCUUCUGGAAAGAAAAACGGCCUGUGGGAACCUUUCUUGCGUUUGGCAGCAGACGGCAACACAAUCCAAGCGUACUACUCCUCUGAAAACUCCGCCGGGGACCAAGAUAAUCUCAUGCGAUAUUCCACGGACGAAGGAAAAACCUGGUCUGACCCGCCUAUUUUAGUCUCCAGCUCGCCAACUGCGGACUCAAGGGACGGGAUGACGGGCGUUUCUGCUAUCUCUUCUUCCUCCCCCAGGGAGUUAAUCUGCGUGUUUGAAACGACUUCCCCAGACGGGACUUUUUCGAUAGCUAGAGUGCUAAGUCACGAUGAUGGCCGUACCUGGGGAGAGAGGGAGAACGUGUACAUGGCUCAAGGAGGUAAAUGGGCGGGAGCGCCGCAGGUGUAUCUGGUAGGAGACACGUUGGUGACGAGUUUCUUGACGAACGAAGGGACGGAGUUGCCCAAGAUUGAUGGGGCGUAUACCAAGGUUGUGGUUAGUAAGGAUUCAGGCAAAACGUGGACGGAGACGGGCAAGGCGGAGACGGUCGCGGGGACGGGGAGCCAUUGGCCGGGUUUGUACAGUUUGAAUGGGACGCAUUUCCUAGCGCUGUAUUCGACGGAUGAGAUGGGGGCGGUUAGUCAUUUGCAUAGUGUUUCGUGA